UUCACGUCACGUUUUCUUAUGUGUACGUCUGUCGUAUUUUAUCGUGUGUGGUCGGUAAUUCGUGCAUUCGUCGUUUUUUACACCGACUGUAACGAGCCACAGUCGUACAGUAGCGGCUCUCGCGAUAAACACCAAAGUCACCGACACGCGAUAUAAACACAGUAUUCGUUGCAUAUGAGUCCAGGCUCCUCCAUGCCCUUGUUUGCAUCUAAUGGAAGAAAAAGCCCUUGUAGGUCUGCCAUGGUGUCCAAACUUCCUAAGUUCAGUGGACGCUCCUCAGCUACUACUACCAGCUCCUCUUCUACAUGUUCUUCUCAGACCACCACAAACAAGGAUGGCAAGACACCUCAGUUGGGAACACACCCAAAUGGUGCAAUCCACACUCCUCCUUUUUCUCUGAAAUGGAAGAAAGAGGAGGGAACUACCCUGAGCUGCCCUGCCACUCCCACCAGCCCUGGGAGUAAAGAUUUUGUAGAAAAGUCUCCAAGUCACCCUUCUUUGUUGGGGAAAGAGGUAAAGCAUACUUCUCUCAGCACGCCAAAGAUGCGAAGAUCAGGUGCUCUGAUGGUUGCUUUCUCCAGCCCUAAAGCCAUUCCCAAGCAGUGUACAAAAGUGAGUCUCCAGUCAGAGACUAAAAUGAUCCAAAACCCAAAGAAUAGUGUUCCUAAAAUGGACCACAAUGGCUCUAAUGUUCCUGCACUUUCAGGAUCAGAGUCUCACCUUGUGCGGCCAAAAUUGGUCUCAAGUUCUCCCCGAAGCAGUUCUCAAGACAGUCUGUCUCACCCUAGUGACAGUAUUAAAACUUUAGCACUGGACAAUAUGGUACGUUCAAACAGCUUUACUCAUUUCAAACAGAUUCCCUCUCCCACCAGUGAGCCUAUGACCCGAUCCUUCUCCUUCAACCGGACUGUUGAGUUGGCUAAGCCUUUGGCUGAUACUCAGCUUCGGCCUCCUCGAACUAGUUUCCUGAAACCCCCGCAGCUGACCAAUGGAAGAAUGAGUUUAGGGCUUGGGGGACUAAAUGGAAACCCUGGAGGUGCAGGAGAUCUAGUUUUAGAGCUUGGAGGACUUAAGCAAAGUAGAACAUCUCAAUCUUCCUCUUGUCUGCCAACCCCUUUAAUUCCUCAAGCACCCUCUACUCCCAGCACUCUGAAGAAGACAUUGCUACCCAGUUGUUUGCUGAGUAAAUCUGUGGGCAAUGGUGGAGUGUCUUUAGGACACAGAUUUUUUUGUCUUGGGCCAGCCAAGGACCACCAGGCUCUUUUGUCAGGUCAGUUGACUGAUGCCAGACCUUCACCUGCCCCUGAAUGCAAAGGGCUCUCAGGGAUAACAUUAGAUGAUGAGCCCACAGGUGAGGUUGAAAAACCAAAUUCCCACAGUGACAAUGAUAGAAGUUCUGGGGAAGCAGGAGAGCAGGGUUUGGGUAGGCAUUAUUCUGGCCAACCAACAGGGGAUGCUCUGGACCCUAUGUCUCUAUCAUCUACUUCUUCACUGGACAGAGGUGACAACCAGUCAGAGUUUCUAGAUGACUUUGACAGUGUGGGUGAUGCUCUUUGUGAUGCAGACAUGCCUGAUAACAGGAGAACUACUGCCAUUUCCCAAACCCACCUGCAAAAUUUCACCAAUGAGAACAUGGACUUGGGCAGCAUGAGACUGUCAGGACAUAAGGAGGACACCCUGAGUCAGGAGUCUGAGGAACCCUUGGUGGUGACUUCAGACCAGGUCAAUGUCCCGCUUGGUUCAUCUCUGGAACUAUCACCUUCCAACAGCUCUGGUGGCACUUACAUGUGGGAUGAGGAGGGACUUGAGCCCCUUGGGGGGUCUGGGACGCAUCCCUGUGAUAGCCACGAUGAGUCAGAACUCAGCUGUAUGGAUAUCCUGAAUAACCUGGACCCUCUAGGACCUGAAGAGUUGGAUGACAAUGACCUCAUGCUGGAUGUAGAUUUGCCAGAGGACAGUUUACGCGACCUUGACGGAAUGUCCCACAUUGAGCCCUUGGAGAGGGCGAACCGGCAGGGACAACGGCAUAAACAUCGCUGGAAGGGCCCAAACCAUUUCUACAGUGGAACCAGGGCUCCUGUCUUUCAGCAUUAUGAUGGUCUGAAGGCUCCACGGAUUCCUCGGCCAGUGUCAUCUGAAAACAGUCAGACUGGCCACAAGGAGAUGCUGGAUGAGCUGACUCUCAAACAUAUGACCCAGGACUGCAGCUCACUCAAGAACCAACUGCUCAGGCUUAAAAUGUUACUACAGCUGGAGGAUACUGAUUCUCCAGCUGAUGUUCCUGAGGAGAGUGAGGACGGUACCACUGCAUCACAGUUGGAAGAGCUGAUUACAGAGGUGCAUAUGCUAAGAGAAGAAUUGAGAAGUCGAGACAAGACCAUUGCUCAGCUCACACUGCAGUGUCAACAGCUACAGCAGCAGGAACAAAUACCCUCUCAGGGACGGCAGGGCAGGUGCCAGUGUAACCACCAGAGGGCUCCUGCUUCAUUACGACUUGGUAACAGACAGACAGAUAAACGGAUGCAGCAGCAAUACGAUAAGGCCACACAAACGUACUGGAGACCACCCAACCAUACUCCUCAAAUACUACAGCCCUCCAGCCCGUGCAACAGCGAGCAUCUCCGCCAGGGAAGGCGACUAAAAACUCCCCCCAUCGCGGCCCUCAGUGACAUCACACUGGGUAGCACAGUGGGAGGAGCCUAUGCAGAUUCUAACUGUGUGCUUGAUGGCCUCACAGCAGAUGCGCCAGGCCCAGCAGACCUCAGUAAGCAGAGUUAUCUCUUCAGCACAAACAUCCACCACCCGGGCUCUGCUGCUCCACAGGGGGUACCUGCCAGAGCCGGUCCAGCCUUGCCAGCACAGAGUGACUUUAGAGCCCCCACUGUGAUACCGCACAAUCCUGCCACUCCUCGACCUGUUGCUUCGACUUUGCCGUGUAUCCUGCAGCCUCCUCUCCUCCAGAAGCAUAUAUCUGUCCCUGCACUGAAGCAGGGUGUCUCUGGUGGCUCUGCCUCUCUCAAACCGAGAUGUCACUUUGGGCUUUUCCGAACCAAGCAGCUGCCUCCUCCAUCUAGAGGCCUUCCCUGCUUUAAUGCUGGACACCAGAUGCAGAUUCCAAGUCUGUGUCGCACUACAGAGUUUCAGCCUCAUGGAGCAUCGCUGUCAAGCUGCAGCAACUCCAGUGUUGAUGUUUCCAAAGAGGGGACAAGCAAAGACCCUGGACAAGCCAGGAUCCUGAUUCCUGUGGGUCAUUCAGGUCUCCCUAAGCCAAAGAAGCCCUGAGGAGCUCAAACUUACCCUAAAACUGGAAGCACUGUGUUAUUGACUUUGAUUAUCGAGUGUCUGGAGGCAUGUUAGUUUGCCCAUCUGAUCCUUACCUUCAUAGAGAGUGCAAUCAUGAACCCAUACAGACCACUCAGGGACAACGUUGAUAGUGUGUUAUUUCUGACUUCGGGUCGACUCCAGGCUGACUGGUAGUAAUACAGCAUGUCGCAUACUCUGUCCACAACUUUUCACACAGCUAAAGCUCGUCAUCACUUGAUCUCAAUAGUCAUGAGCCUAGGAUCCCUCGCACAGCUGCCAUGUUGUCGGACAAAGGCUUUGUUACAAAGUAACUUACUCAUCAUGGUACAGCUGUUGAUUGUUGACAUCAGCUGACUGAUGAUGCAAUCAAAUGGUGUUUUCACCACAAGGUACAUAGUUAUUACCAAUGAAGGUCCAAAAGCAGUGGAAUUGUCAUAGCAGCAGCAAAUUUGGAUUGAAUCCUGAAUCAGAAAAAUGAGUAGCAGAUUAAACACCCAAAAUUCUAUAUGUGGUACAUUUGUACUGUGAUUGUAUUUCUAUUCCAGUACUAAUACUGCUCUGCAGGCUUCAGUUAACAUUCGUCAGUAUCUUGGAUUUAACAACUUUGACCUUUCGACUUUAACAUUACCCCCCCCCCCCCCCCCCCCCAAAAAAAAAAAAACCUGCUACAAAACUUGUGGUGUGUUUGCAUAAAUGAACUAUUGUGUUUUAUUCUGACAAUCUAUUAAUCACUAAUAAGCUAAUGCUAAAUGCCUAGUGGACAAUGCCAGAACGCCACAGCGUUUAAAAAUAGUAACUUGAAUCCUAAUAUUAUUCGGAUGAUGCUGAUUUCGUUGAGUCAUUUUAUAUAGUCUGUCAUAGAUUUUUUUUUUUUUUCCAAACAAUUUGAAAAAGCUGUUCUGGUUGAGCAAAGUCAGCUAAUAGCAUGCUAAUGUUAGCGCACUGGAUAGCUAACAAUCUGCUGCAAAAUGUGAUCACGUGAGCUAUAUUUACAAGCUAAUGAUAAUUUGUAGAGUUAAUGUUACGUCUCCAGGCAAAGGGAAACAUGAAAAAUAAGCUGCUAAACAUAGCGUUUGCGUUCCACAUUCCCAGAUGAGAUGUGAGUGAAAAUUAUUAAUAUGACUACAGAUGCAGCUUUGCCAGUUUUCAGGCUGAGGGGAGGUUUUGUGGAGAUAAUCCAGAGGAGCAUCUGCCCAAGUACAUGAUGAAUGAUGCUGAUGCAGACAAAUGUGGCUGGUGUAGUGCUCGGCUUUGGUGUUUUGUUUGUUUUUUCCUGUUUAUUGUGAUACCCACCAGGUAUUACCAGAUUUUGAAUUUUAGAGGUUAAGCUCACGUGUCCUCUGUGACAUACAGCAAUUUUCAGUUUUAAACAUAGAGGUGACACAGACAUGACCUUUCCUGCAGAACAGAAGGCUCAGGGGGAAGAUGGAUGGUGAAAGAAAGAAGAAUAAAAUAACAGCAGAGAGAGAAUUGGCUUGUACAGACUGAAAAUCAGUUUGUCAAAGCUCUCUGGGGUUGUCUCUUCCAGCGUGAACCCCCUCUUUGUGAAGAUGUGCCCGCAUUUGUGUGUAUGUGCAAUGAGAGGAGAGAGAAAAGAAAAAGCACGUCUUCAUUUUAAGUGUGUCAGUUUUUCUAAGUUGAACUGGCAUCUUCAGUCAGCAUCAACCAUAUUAUUAGCAAAGGAGGCCUCAGAUACGGUGUGCAAAAAAAAAAAGCGAACAGCUAAACCAUCUCAGCUGAAGAUGACAAUCUAGUUUUAGUAUAAACUGAAUGAGUUAUAGUGCGACGCUGGUUGUGGUUGUAUAUUAUAGUGGUCAAAGCAACAUGAUGUUGCAUUUGCAUGUGCUGCUGUGCACUAAAACGUUGAC